AGAAGUGAAUAUGCUAUCACAUUAGCCAGUUGAGGGGUUGAUUUAGUAAUAGCGGCCGUACACACAGAACGUUCUUCUUCUUUUUUUCGAAAAAAAUUCUACACCACGACCAAAUACCAGUUGCGACCGAAAAAAUAUUAUCAUCUUGUGCACGGACACCAACAGUUCAGUUUUUCGAAUGGUGAGGAAAAAGUGCGCUCGGGGUUCAUCACACAGAGAGCGAUAAGCGAUUUAACAUCGCAACACACAACCAAUUCGAAAUUAAGUUCGCUUUUAGUGGCAUCAUUUUUAUUUAUCACAUUUGAUGUCAUAACGUUACCGGCUACAGCACCGACAAGACGCACAUACCAAACACUCGCUCAACACAACAUUUCUAAAAACCGAACUUUAUUCACGAUUUGAUCUGAUUAAGAAAUUCUAAGGCAAAUAUUUUCAACACUUUUUUUCCCGUCUUAUCAUCCGGGACUCUGUUGAAUUUCGAGAACUUUGGAAUGAAAAAUUAUUCAACGCUUCACUUAAAUUUGUGUGAAAUAAACGAGUUUAUUUCCAAAUUCAGUGACUUUUAAAAAGAAUAUUUUCCAACAUUUUUCGGUGAAAAGAUAAAUAAUGGAUUUUUCGUGUAUUUUUUUUUCUUCAAAUUCAAGUGAAAACAAAGAAAAAUGAAAAAUUUCUACAAAAUUAGUUUUUGAAUAAAAUGAUAAAAUUCUUAAAACAUUAACAAUUGUUUUAACACAAGUGAUACGAAUGCCAUUUUGUCCAAUCUGACAUUUUCAAUUGAGUUCAAUCAAAUGAAUGUGUGAAUGUUAAAGAAAAAUGUUAACUGCCGACGGCUUGUGAUCGCGCCGUAAUUUGCAUACACUAAAUUUUAACUCUAGAAUUGAACAAAUAACAACCAACUUUCAUAGGUUUUUGUUGCGUUGAAAAAAACUGUAAAAGACAUCUACAAAAAAAAUUAAAAAUUAGUUUAGUGCAAAGUUGAAAUGAACUUGGAAUCAAUGCCGCGCCCAGAAACGAUACAUGUCACAGCUCCGGCUGCUUUGAGUCGCCCAAUGUUGAAUUCGCAAACAUUACCACAAAGAUCACCGUUUGCGAUUCAAGAAUUGCUUGGCCUGAGCGAAUCAUCUCGUUCAACCAAUUCAAAUAACAACAACACAAAUAGUUCAAACGGCGGCUCCAAUAAUAAUAACAGUGCAAAUGGUGCUGUUUCAGCGGUCACACCGUCACUUUAUUCAAAUGUUGGCCAAACUCCAUUCGGUGGCAGUGAUCAUCAUCAAAUGAUGGCUGCAUCACGAAUGGCAUAUUUCAAUGCUCAUGCUGCCGUUGCGGCGGCAUUUUUGCCACACAACAUUCCUGGAGCUGGAUCACAUCUUGGCUUCCAUUCACAAGCAUCGGGUCACAGUCCGUUAGAUGGUAAAGAUUUCACCGUGGAUGGCAUCAAUGGAUUCGGUGGCAAAAAGAAAAAGAAGAAGAGACGUCACAGUCGCACCAUAUUCACUAGCUAUCAAUUGGAUGAAUUAGAAAAAGCGUUUAAAGAUGCCCAUUAUCCUGAUGUCUAUGCCAGAGAAAUGCUAUCGCUCAAAACUGAUUUGCCCGAGGAUAGAAUACAAGUAUGGUUUCAAAAUCGGCGUGCUAAGUGGCGUAAAACCGAAAAAUGCUGGGGUCGAAGCACGAUUAUGGCCGAGUAUGGCUUGUACGGUGCAAUGGUUCGACAUUCUUUGCCGCUGCCUGACACCAUAUUGAAGUCAGCCAAAGAAAGUGGAGACGGAGUCGUAGCGCCCUGGCUUUUAGGCAUGCAUCGUAAAUCAUUGGAAGCCGCUGAAACAUUGAAGGAUGACAGUGGCGGCAGUGAUAGAGAUGAUGAACAGUCGAAAACGAGUGACAUUUCGAGCACUGGAAAUCCAUCGACCAAAUCAACACCAAAUUCAAAAUCGAAAAAAUCGUAUGCAUCGGAUGAACUUAUAUCGCCGUCAACACCGGCCACAUCGAAUUCAGACGGUGUAAAUCACAAUUCGAUAACGCCAACAUCCACAUCGAGCGCAUCAAUGUCGCAGGUAGCAUCGUCGCCGAGUACAACGCCAUCAGCGAGCACCCAACAUACACCGUUACCUGUUCAUCAUCUCAUCGAAUCAAAAUCAAUGCUUGCCAGUCCAACGCAUCCGAAUUUCCAUCAUGACAACGACACUGAAGCGUUUAGGUGGGUAGGAGACCCCAUUUCGUUUAUACGAAAUAAUUCAAUUGCAUGCUUAAGAGCCAAGGCACAGGAGCACCAAGCUCGUUUACUUAAUAGCGGUCUUUUGCUCCAAGUACGGUCAUUGGCUGGAUUACAAAAUCCAUUGAGUCAUUCACCGCCGCAUUCAUGUGAUAGCAAUGCAAAUACGUUGCAUGGCACCUCUGGCCAACAAUCUUCACCACAUUCUCCGCAUGAUUCGCCAAGUGCAGCAGCGUCAGCAAAUUCCAUUGAAUCGCGCACAUUUCAUCAUCUUUCACAUCACCAUUCGCCGGCCAAUCUCAGUCCAGCUGCCACCGUUAAAAACGAACACAGCGCCGGCAUUAACAUGGCAUUUUGAUAUUCACAACCACCAUCGAUUGAAACACGCAUCGAUCGAAACCAGUUGCCCAACGUUCUCUUAAAUUAGAUUUUUUUUUUCUGCUGCUCUUUCGCUCUCGCUCUUUUCAUCAAAAAUGAUGCAAACUCGACUUUUCAUUUUCAAAGGCUUUAAUUAUAAGCAUAUAUUUUGCAUUUUGCGCUUGAUUCUGACACUCUAUUUAGUUUUUUCAUCGAACAUUUGGAUCUCAGUGCUGUACAAUGUUAAUGAAACACAACAAAAACAAAUUAAUACGAUUUUCAAAAGAAAAUCGUUUAUUAUGGGCAAACACACAGUUAUUAUUCAAUAUUGUAACCGUUUAUUUUUAAAUUGAUCUCUCGUGGCGUGUACGGCAAUUUAAUUUUAACGAAAACUAUUGACACUGUAGAAACAAUGAGCAAAUUUACAAACGAUUUUCAGCCCAGUGAGACGAAAAUUGCAUAAGUUUAAGUUCAACAAAGCCUGAAUUUCACGUUACAAUGAGCAUCGAAAUAGAGAGAAAAGCGACAAGCAACGGAAUGCAUACAAAGAGCAUUCGGAUUAGUAGUAAACGAAAAAAUAUUUGAAAAAUGCUAGCAUUUUAAGAAAUUAAAUGUGAGGAUGUGCAAUAUGAACGAUGUACUCACUUUUCUCUCCUUAGUUUUUGUUUUCCUUUCUAAAAAAAAAACAAAAUAAAUUCGUCGAAUCGCUCUCUAACAUAUGGAAUUCACUUUAAUAUAAAGUCAUUUGCACACAAUCCGUGGAAUGACCAGUCAAAAAUGCUAGAAAUUAAUCACAUUAGAAAAUCGGCAGUAGUAUUUAAGCAACAGAAUUUUAAAAUUACAAUAUUACAAUUCGUACAAUAUAUAAACAGAUGAACAUUUAAAGAAAUGAAGAUGGAAACACAGAGAAGAAGAAUUCAACAAUCACGUUUGAAGUGAAUAGAUUUAAUAUGAAUGUUGUAAAUAGCAUAUUUAAGAGAUGGUGCGCACACAAAAUGCAUGACAUAGAUGAAUAUAACAAGAACAUCAACUGCAGAAACCGUUUAUUAGUGAGUUGCCUAGAAAAUUCCAGAAGCAUUACCAGCAACCGGUGCAUAAAGUGCAAAUAAUAAGAACACACUGAAUUUCGCACGAUUUAAUCAGUUUUCGUCAGAAAAAAAUUGUUCAAUCAUGACUAUCUAAAAAAAAUUCCAGCACCAGAGAGGGAAAAAAACCCAACAAACUCUUUACUAAAGAGUCUUUAGGCUAAUUGCUGAGCAUUGCACACAGCAUUUUACGUGUACAAUAUUAAUAAUCUUGUAAAUUUAAGCAAAAAGAUGAAGGAAAAAACCACACACAAAUUUACUGAAUUAAGAACUCUAUGUAGCAAAAUGUGGAGAGAUACAACUCAUAACCAUAAAUUUUAGCGGCGGCAAAUUAAGAUGUAAAAUGUAACAACAAACACAAAAAUCUGUAAAAUUAUUUUAAAAAUAAACUAAUUUAAAACAAAGUAAA